GUGUUAUCACUAUAGCAACCAGAGAGAUGACUCCGUCUUUUUAGGAUAUAUAUAUAUAUAUAUAUAUUUGUUUGUUUGUUUAUGAAUUCCUAUUCAUACCGUUCAUUCUUCACGUGUACAUGCUACAGACAUGCUACAGAUGACACCUAAAUAACCGCAUGCCUUACCGCAAUGCUAUGCAUUAAUUACACGUCUGUCUGUAACUAUAUUCCCCGCUGAUAAUUACCCCUCUGUGACGAUACACUUAAAUAUUUAGGCAUGAAAGCGUUAAUCAUCGUAUUGUCACCGAGCCUAAGGGCGGAAGAGCAAAGUACAACCCAAGGAUACCUUGUUUUCUUCAUUCCUGCUUCCCGGCCGUCACUAGAAUCACAGAAAGAGUUAUUUACAGCUAUAUGAAUAGCUGCGUCGUAUAUGUACCUACAGACCCCUAUAGAAUCGUUAAUAAUGACACACGAUGUAACCAUGUAUAGACGGACAGUAUAUCACGCUUAUACUACAGAGAUAUUUGUCUCAGCCGCUACAAAAUGUGUAAUCCUUUAAUUCUGAGACUGCAGAUACAUUCCAGUCAACAAGCCAGUGAACGCCUAAACGAUGCAAAGAAACCUGCUGGAGGACCCCCCUAUAUUAGGCAGAGGGUCUAAUCUCGGGGACUGAUGUGGAAAUAUUCACUCUUUGCAUCAAUGAUACAUUUUAGUUCUCCCAUGACAUGUAAAGACUCGAGUGCGUGCCAAGUUGCUUGUUAUUUCACCCCAUUCAAUGUUUUACAGAGACGGACCUCAUCGGGGACAUCGUUUGGAUUAUCUGUGUUUAAUCUGAUGAACGCCAUAAUGGGAAGUGGCAUUUUAGGUUUAUCGUACGCGAUGGCCAGCACCGGGGUCAUCGGCUUCAGCAUCCUGCUGCUGGCGGUCGCCUUACUAGCAGCGUUUUCCAUUCACUUACUGCUUCGUAUGUGCAUUCAGACAGCUGUCUCGUCCUACGAAGACCUCGGCCUGUCUGCGUUUGGAUCGCCUGGAAAGGUCCUCGUGGCUUGUACGAUCCUCAUUCAGAACCUCGGAGCGAUGUCCUCCUAUCUGUUCAUCAUCAAGUCGGAGCUGCCAGCUGCGGUGGCCGGCUUCCUCUCGGGAGACCACGGCGGCUCUUGGUAUCUUGAUGGAAGGAUCUUGCUGGUAAUCACAUCGGUGUGCGUCGUGCUCCCUCUGGCCCUCCUUCCCAAAAUAGGCUUUCUCGGCUACACCAGCAGUUUGUCCUUUUUCUUUCUGCUCUACUUUGCUGCAGUGAUUGUGAUUAAGAAAUGGUCCAUCCCCUGCCCGCUGCCGCUGAACCGCACAGUGGAAUACUUCCAGGAAUCCAACAGCUCCGAGUGUAAAGCGAAACUUUUUGAGCUUUCGAAAGAGAGCGCCUUUGCUUUGCCUACUAUGGCGUUCUCGUUUCUCUGCCACACUUCUGUUCUGCCCAUUUACUGUGAGCUGAAAAGUCCUUCCAAGAGCCGCAUGCAGAAUGUCGCCAAUCUGGGGAUAGCGCUGAGCUUUAUCAUCUAUUUUAUCUCUGCUUUGUUUGGAUAUCUCACGUUCUUUGAUAAGGUGGAUUCGGAGUUACUCCAGGGCUACAGCCGAUAUCUCCCCAACGAUACCCUCAUCGGCACGGUCCGGCUCUUCAUUCUCCUCUCCGUCCUCCUGACCGUGCCGCUGAUACAUUUUCCCGCGAGGAAAGCUGUUAUGAUGAUGUUUUUCUCCGGCCGACCUUUUUCAUACGUUCGUCACGCUCUGGUGACCUUGGCACUUAAUGUCACUAUCGUGCUUCUCGCGAUAUAUGUUCCGGACAUCAGGAAUGUCUUUGGGGUAGUUGGAUCCACCACAUCAACCUGCUUAUUAUUUAUCUUCCCCGGACUGUUUUAUGCCAAGAUCGGCAGAGAAGCCUGGUCCUCGCCUCAAAAAUUAGGGGCCUGUGGGCUGCUCCUCCUCGGCGUUUGUAUCGGUGGCUGCAGUUUAACGCUAAUUACCGUGAAUUGGGCUUACAAUGAAUGAGAGGAUCUCGCCCCGGAGUUUGAACAGAAUGUGCGAGGAUUUACAGCUUAGGGGAUCCGGUUACUGGGGGCGCGGGUUCAGAAUUAGUUCGUCAUCCUCGCCCAACACUGGAUCUUCUGGGGAGGAAAAAAACAUAUAGAACAACAUUAUAAAUAUACAAUAUAUAUAUAUUUUUUUUUUUUAAAAAAGACCCUCAAUGGUGUUUACAAAAGAUAUAAGCUGCAAAAAGAUGCCCUUAAAACAAAAAACAUAAUUCCUAAGGCAUCUUAUAACGGGAAUGGAGGCUACUUUCAUGGCAACGUUACUUUUCCUGCGCAAGCGCACGCGUAUUAACAAAACACUGACACUUACGUUAACAAACCGGCCGUUUGAGACGCUCCACCAUGUGCCUUGGCCCUUCCGGACAUUACUUUAAACCAAA